GACUGCGGCGGCCAUAGGAGAACCUGAUCCGCAGCCUUCUUUGUAAAAGAAGGCCAUUACAAAUUUAUCUCUUUCCGUCUGUUUACAAAUUUAUCUACCUUUCUGUUUGUCUUGGUUCUCUUGGAAAGUCGGGCGUAUGUCUGUCAAUUGUUCUUACAGUUUCUGCUUGCCUCCCUGGUCCCACGGCAGUGACAGAAUGCGAGACUGCACAAACUACGGCCACGCAAAUAGUUUGCUGAACCUGUCCGGAGAUCAUUCCUCUUAUCCUAAAUCUACCAAUGUGGUGUUGAUCGUGACAAAAUCUACCAAUGUGGCUCUCACAAUCAGGACGCUGCUUCCUUUUCACCCUUUUUCAUUUUCUUGUUCCCUUCCCAGAUCAGAGAGAGAGAGAGAGAGAGAGAGAGAGAGAGAGAGAGAGAGAGAGAGUCAUACUGCUGCUAAAAUUUGCCAUAGCAUUUAUUUCCAAACGUUAGGUGCCAAGAAAUGUGGAAAGGGUCUUCUCUCGGGUGGGAACUGCUAAAAGAUUGAAACGCACAGAAAAAUGGCAAGAAUUCUUGUGAGUCCUGUUCCUUUUACGUCAAAAAUCGGCAUACCCACCAUUUCCAGACCCAGCAUUUCUUUUUCUGCUGUGGAGUCGCUGCAUUUUCGGUCCUCGUUCUCGAACAACACAUUCAUGACGAGGUCGUUGGCUUCUACAAAGCUAAGAGCAUCAGUUGGUACCCAAGAGUUUGUUGUUGAACCUGCAACCAAUGUUAAGUUUCCAACCUCACUCACUGUACCAGGCGGCUUCAACUCUUUGACAUUGUUGGGAACAGGCUAUAGGGAGAAAGUCUUUGCAAUCAUCGGAGUGAAAGUUUAUGCAGCCGGCCUAUACUUACAACCUGCUACAGUGGGAGAACUAUCAGCUUGGAAAGGAAAAUCGGCCACUCAAAUUGAAGACGAUGGCUCAAUUUUCAAUUCCAUUUUUGAAGCACCAUUGGAGAAAGCAAUUAAGAUAGUAUUAGUUCGUGAUGUUGAUGGCAGAACAUUCUGGGAUGCUCUAAACGAUGCCAUCUCACCGAGGAUCAAAACACCGACCCCUGUUGAUGAGCUUGCACUGUCUAAAUUUCGUGAAACCUUUGAAGGGCGGCCACUUAAGCAAGGGAAUGUUAUUCUUCUCACCUGGGUCCAACCAUCUCAAAUGCUUGUUUCUAUUUCAGCUGAUGGUUUACCUUUCAAUGUUGAUGCUACCAUCGAUUCGACCAAUGUUUCUUCCUCACUAUUUUAUGUUUACUUUGGGGAGUAUCCUGUUUCUCCUUCUCUUAAGAAGUCAGUGGCAUCCGGUCUGGCAAGUUUAAUAUGAAUUUUGUGUAGCCUCGAUGUUGAUAAAUAUAUGACUGAAAGAUGACGAGACCAAAAAGGCUAUGAGUUUGAAUAUUCAACAAGAAAUGUGAGAAGACCUCCUCGUCAUAUAAAUGGCCAAUCGUGUUCUUCUACAGGACAAGCAGCAGACAUACAUGUGAAUCAAACUUACAGAUGGAAGAACUAAUGAGAAGGAAUGGAAAGAGGAAGUACCAUCAUAAGAAAAAUGGUCAAUGUAUUGAGCAAAGCAUGUCCUGGACUGCUGAAAACAGACAAAUUUUGCUUCCAAACACCAAUUCAAGGAAGUUCAAAAGGUUCAUGUACAGAAGAGAGAGAGAGGUGUGAAUGCGGCCGAUAAAGUGCUAGUUUGUCAUUACUUUCAACUUUUGAUACCAAAAUGUCGGGCAGCCAAU